AAUGGCGACUGCGAUGGUCUGAAGUCUAACUUGUAAUCAUAUCGUUUUUAACAAAAUGCUCGAGCUGAAUCGUAUCUCGGUGAGAGAAAGCCUGUUUAAUUCUUUUUAGAGGGCUUUGAUUUCCUAUCUAUGGGCUCAAAUGAUGUUAUCACAGUGCAUCAGUCAGUUUCGGGCAGGUGUGUUUGCCCAUUAGCAGAUGUGACUUCCUUGCCAGACCCUGAAGAUGUUGCAAAAAAUUUGCUGUCAGGCUUUCGCGAUUCUGAAAGACUGAGACUCGUUCCCUCGAGAGAUUUUAAGCCAUGGUACGUUGUGGUGUGCCAGCCCUUCACAUAUCAGUAGCAGGAAAAGAAAAGUAAAAGAGAAUGUUUUGGAAAAAUUCAAGGAGACAGAUCUUCUUCAAGUUAAGCAGCGAUACGGAUUGGAUUAUCAUCAACGAGGGAAAUGGAUUAUUUGUGCCAAAAUGAGCUCCUUUAAAGAAAAGAGUUUAACAGUAGAACAACUUUGGAAGGAAGUAUGCUUAUUGAUCAAAGAAGGUCAUCUUCCUCAUUGCAAUGCAAAACUUCAGAGAUUACAAGAUGAGGUGUGGGUGUACUGUGACUUUGAACACUCAUUAAAGGUCAGAAGCACCUUAGAAAAGGCUCUUGGAAAUUUCGGCUUGGAAAUUUCUUUUGUUGUUUGUCCUGUUGGCGUUGUCAUGGAACUAUGAUAAAGAAACUCUAAAAUCACUCUGCUUCAUGAAGCGAGACUGAGUAUGCGUGAAACGCGUGCAAGAGGGCGCAGACACGCGCGUCUCACACACAGUCCUCCUCUUGUGCGCCAGCCGUUGUAAUCACCAGCAUCGUGUUCCUCGCGGAGAAUCUUUCUAGACUUUACAAAAUACUCACAUGUUAACAGAACUCAUUAGUUGCAAGAGGAUAAUUACUUAAUUCAACCAGCUUUCUCUGGUUAUUUCUUCAGUGAAUCUGAGAUCAGUGUAUUUACGGCAAUUGCAAAACGUUUCAAUACGUAGCAAGCCUCAUUGCUGUUUCUAACGAGUUUUACAAUGAAGGUUACUGACACAUUACCUUUUACUAAGUACACUCAGGGAGAUUGUAAUAAUAUAGAGAUAUUUAUUUACUGCAUAUUUGCUAGAUUGUGGCUAUAAAUUCUUAUUUAUUUAGUUGUUCAUUGACGAUUAUUUUAUGUGCAUUGUAAUUUAGUUAGAUGUUACAAAUAAACAAUGGACGCCUACCCAUCA